AUGGAUGUCCUGCUCUUGCGUUUGUUUUUCGUGCUUAUUGUGUUCCCCGUGGCCAUUGUUGUACCAAGCAAAGCAGCUGAUGAUUCUCGUGACUGCCCAAUUCAAAGGUGUAGGGAUGAUGGUCCCGAUAUCAAGUUCCCAUUCCGUCUGAAACACUAUCCACCUCACUGUGGCCAUCCAGAGUUUGAGGUUGUUUGCAGCAGCAGCUUCAACAAUUUGACAAUGAUGAAGCUCUCUUCAUCUUCAGGACUGCUUCCCAUUCAAAAUAUUGAUUAUGAAGCACAAUCCUUCAGCAUAUACGAUGCAGAUGGUUGCCUUCCCAGACGCCUUCUUAAUUUUACUAUCUCCACCAACUCACUCUUUCAACAAGCAAUAUAUUAUCGCCUAAAUUACUACUCUUGCAUGUAUAGAUAUCAUGGAGAUAAUUCGAAGAUCACGUUAUUAAAUUGUUCCACUGCACAAAAUUUUAGUACGGAGAUGAACUAUGGUAGCUACUUUCCCGUCAGAUGUCUCAGUGUCCCAGGGCAUUAUCAAGUUAUUGCUGCUGUGCCAGAAACUACUAAGGCUGACUUGCCGGUGCCUACUUGCACUAGUUUGAGACAACUCUAUCUUCCACUACGAAGAGUGAAUGCUAAUAUGCACCACUGUGAACCGGACAACGUUUUAUGGCUGCUAUGGGAUCUGUGGGAUUUUCCAGCGUGUCAAAACUGUAAUAGAAGAAUGGAAGACUGCUAUUUCAAUUAUAGCAGCAAUGAAAUGUUGAAGUGCCAUCCUUUCAUUCCCCCACACAAACCAAGAGGUCAUAUAUCGACUAGGCAUUUAAUUGUAGGAGUGAGUUUGGCUUGCUGUUUUGUGCUCAUAUCGAUAAUGGCGGUAGCAAUUUUCUUCUAUGUAAAACAACAAAGAAAUAGCAUAGAGGAAAAGGAGAAUCAAAUGAAGGUUGAAAAGUUUCUAAAUGAUCACAAAUCUGAUGUACCAACAAGAUACUCUUAUGCUGAUAUAAAGAAGAUUACAAAUGGAUUUAAGAAGAAGUUAGGGGAAGGUGGUUUUGGAAGCGUUUUCAGGGGAAAGCUUCCCAAUGGAGUUCCAGUUGCCGUAAAAGUCCUCAGUGAUUCUAAGGGAAAUGGGGAUGAUUUCGUUAACGAAGUGGGAACCAUUGGCAGAAUUCACCAUGUUAACGUGGUUCGUCUAUUGGGGUUUUCUGCUGAAGCAGGCAAGCGUGCAGUUAUUUAUGAGCUCAUGCCAAACAGGUCCCUGGAGAAGUUCAUCUCGUCUAAAGAUCAAUCUAAUAAUGCUUUGUUCGAUUGGGAGAAACUUGACAACAUUGUCAAAGGUAUAGCAAAGGGAAUUGAGUAUCUUCACCAAGGGUGUGAACAGAGGAUCCUCCACUUCGACAUCAAGCCUCAUAAUAUCUUGCUAGACCAUGACUUCAAUCCAAAGAUCUCUGAUUUUGGUCUGGCUAAACUGUGUUCCAAGGAAGACAGCAUCAUAUCUAUGACUGCCGCUAGAGGCACAGUAGGCUACAUUGCACCAGAAGUGUUCAAUGGGAACUUUGGAAGCGUGUCCCACAAGUCAGAUGUGUAUAGUUUUGGGAUGCUAGUGCUUGAAAUUGUUGGAGCUAGGAAGGAAGCUGCUGUUACAUCUAGCACCACCAAUGAGGGCUACUUUCCCGAAUUGAUUUAUAAAUGUCUCAUUCAAGGAGAAGCACUGGGUUUGGAGCUAAUAAAGACGGAUGAGGAUGCUGAGAUUGCUAAGAAACUAGUGAUUGUUGCACUUUGGUGCAUCCAGUGGUACCCGGUGAAUCGGCCUUCCAUGAAAGCAGUUGUUAGAAUGCUAGAAGGAGCCUCUGAAAACCUGAUCAUGCCGCCGAAUCCGUUUGCUUCCGCAACAAGUACUCAGAGUCAGACAGAGCCACGCUACUAA